CUGUUAUACAUCACUGAGACCUACCCCAAAUCUUAAGUAUCCGCUUAGGGCAAACAUCUUAAUUCUUAGCUCCGAGUCGAACCGUCUACACAUUUAAUCGUCUCCAAUAUUGGACUGAUAUUAUAAGGAAAAUUAGGAUUUUCUAUAUUGGAAGGUGAAGUGAACCCUUAUUUUUCCAUCCCGGCUCUACACUUUAACAAGACAAUGUCAAACUCGACCUACCCGAUAGAUCCCGUCCUGAGUACCACGGUGGAACAUGUCAACGCCCAGGAGAACCGUUCCAGAAACAACAAGAUCAAAAUAUUACAGAGUAUGGCAGGAAUUCAGAUUGUAACGGGAAUCAUCUGCAGCGCCAUGGGCGGGACUGCGAUGGUGCUGGAGUGUUAUUUGUCCCGGAUAGGUGAUCCCAUCUGGAGCGGUUUGCUGUUUUUCCUAGUCGCAGGUAUAGCUGGGUCAGCAGGAACGGCUACUGGGAAGCAAUGUGGAAUAACAUUCUAUGCAGUAUGGUCAUCACUGUCAGCGGCCUGUGCAGCUCAGCUAUUUGGUCUCUCUGUCUACGCUGCUUCUCAAGAAUUGGAAUUUCUUUGUUAUCCAGGCAUUGAUUACUAUAAAGUCUGCACCUAUAUAAUUGAAGCACGUGUAGGAAUCAAUGUAUGUAUAUCAAUCAUCAGUUUCAUUGCUCUUAUCGCCUGUCUUACUGCAUCGUGUAUGAGCUGUGCCCUGCCAGCACCUCAGACGACAAGAAUCAUCGUACAGGCGACUCCAGUCACAGCACCAACAAUGGAGAGUGGACCUACUUCAUACCCAAAUCCUAAUGCACAAUACGUCACAAUGGAUUCUUCAAAACCAUACGGAACAGUGGAACCUCCUCCAUACUCGGCAAAUUAGAUUGAACCUAGUUUCCAUGGUUACUGUUGCUGUAAAGAAGACUUUGAACGUCUGCAUCCCUCAAUUCAGUGAUAAUUACGAUCUUAUUGUGACCGACGUAUCAAAACAAGAUGAAGAGCCUGUCCACUAACACAGAUGACACUCGCCGAGUAACAUCCGAAAAAAAGUUUCCGUGAAUAAAAGUUCUUCCAAUUUUUUUAAAAAUAUUUUCGCAAAUUUGCCUGACUUAUGUCUUCAAAAAUUCGCAGGUCCACCCAGUGAGGCCUGGUGCCCGACCCCUCCUCCGCUCACUGAUCAUUUGAAUAUGACUAACCAAGCCAGCAAGUGAUCAGAAGCCACAAGAGCAUAUAGUAAGACAAAUAAAUUCUUUUAAAGGGCACACGAACCAGCAACAUUAUAAGGGCCCCAUCUCAAGACUUCAAUUAUUCAUAUCUGGCCAGGCUCAUUACCCAUAAUACAACAUACUGAUCGGUGUAGUUUUGUAUUACAGACCCGCUUGAAUGAUAACAGACUAAUUCACCACUCAUUAGUAAAACAGGUAUAUUUCCUUUAAAAACAAGUUGACAAAUCGGGGAAAUGAGGAAAGUAAGAAGGACCGAAAAUUUCUGAUCAAAUUCGUGACCAGAAACAGUCUUGCUUUUAUAGGUAUGACCUUUUGAAAUUUGAUAUUCAAUAUGUAAAUGACUUAAUGCAUAAUGAAGAAUGAAACAUGUUUUCUAUUAUGAUGAAGUCGAGAAUUUGUAUCUUAGCCUAAUUUCAGCAAAAGGAAAGCCGUCAUUUACCAGUCUUUACACUUUCCAUGUGCCUAAAAAAGUAGGUGAUAUUCGCUUCACAAUCAAGAACGUUGUUAUUGUACAGUUAAAGGAGAGUGAGCUUUCAUCACACUUUGCACAUUCAACAUGACUUCAACUCGUAACGAAAUUUAAAGUUCUUAUUAUAGAAGAGUUUUGGGUUUUAUUGGUAAACAAAUGGAAUUCACUUUAACUGUGGAUUUGUGGAAAGUCCCUAAAUAAGGGAAUAUUUAAGUGUAACAGAAUAUAAAGUUGAUAACAAUAUCAAGGGGCUUGCCGGGGGUGCACCCUCUAGCUGAGGCCGAGAAGUUCCGACACUGGCAA